CAACACCGGAACAUCGUUGAAACUUUGAUUCGUCUAGUCGAGGCUCAAGAAAGGUGUCAAGAUCAGUUACACUCUCCGAUACAUCUGGAUACCAGCAAUGGCGAUCAUCUUCGUUGCACUCCAAAUAUCGUUGUGUUUUACACUGACGAUGACACAACAACCUGCAUCAACUAAUCCUGUUGUAGCCUGGCUUUAUCAACCGACAAUCACAGUUUAUGUCUCGAAUUCGCUUAACACGUUGCUGCCACCCCACCAGGGACGGAAUCAGUCGAUUACCACCAGAAGUGACUACACGUACGUUCCGGGAUUUGGUGCCUACAAAGUUCACCCGCGAGCGGCUUCAUGGAACAAGGGUCGGAAGACUUGCGAGACGGAGGGCGGUCAUUUAGUCAUCCUUAACUCCCGCGCCGAGGCGAAUAAAGUUGGUGAGCUUUUUAAAAAAGCGGAGCAAGUUACUGGGACUCUUCACCCACAAUUGUUCAGCGUUGGAAUUCAUGAUUUUUACGAAGAGGGCCACUUUGUAACUAUCCACGAUCAGACUUUGGAGAAGGCUGGCUUCAACGAAUGGGCGGACGGCGAGCCCAACAACCUUAGCGAUGAAAGUUGCGGAGCGAUGUACCAUGAUGCUCGACUCCUCGACGUUAAUUGUGGUAUUCUAUACGGCUUCGUAUGUGAGCUGCCGAUAAAUUGAAAAAAAACACCGAUCAGGAGAUCAGUCUUCAAUAUUUGACGGUGUAAGAUCAACAGUCAUAAAUAUAUUAGAAUUGCUACUGAAGCGAAUGAUGUAAAGGUGGCGAAUAAAACGAUUUGGUCUCAAACAAA